AUGAUCCAAUGCUGCUGCGGUGCAUCCCUCUUCUGGCACGGUUGGUUAGGCGUACUCCAGAGCACCUCAGUGCCCGCAGUCGCUGACGCUACAGGCGGUGUACGCCCUCCGGAGCCCUGUCAAGGGGCAGAGUCAGGCGCUGUCUCGUCGAAGGAGGACCCCUGUGUCUUCGUGCGAGAAGAGACAACUGGAACCUCGUCCACACCAGUCGACCUUAGCACAGAACGGUUCUGGCGGCUAAACUACGCCUCCCGUCGCGGUUGCACUAUUCGACUUGACCAGUAA